AAUCAAAGUAAUAAAUAGGCAACGAGAUUAUUGGAGAAAACGAAUUGUAUUCAUCAAUCAAUCUUCACAAACCUGCGUGGGUUUGAAGUUCGAAUCCCAUGCGAAGAUAGUUAUGUGCGAGAGGAUUGCUGGAAUCCUUGUCGUCGUGGAGUGGUUCACCUGAAAUGCAGACGUGGUCCGUUAUGGCUUCCUCCACCAUCAAGUUCAUGCUUUCGAAAACAAAUAACUGACUAACUAAUCCCAUACCCGACAUGGACUGGUGCCGUAAUCGACAAGAGGCCAUAUAUCAGGCUGUCUCAUCACCUUUCCUCUCUUUCAAGAAAAGUAUGUGAAUCCUAUCCUGCUCAACAUUGCUCUAUCAUUUUUUUACACAGUUUAUAUAUAAUUGUAUGUCUAUUAGAUAAGAUGCAUGUGGCUGGAAUGCCAGCACCUGUGGGAUUUCAGCAGGGCCCCCGUCCUGCGCAAAAUGGAGCAAUUGUUCCUUCAAUGAAUGCACCACCAAUGGGGACAAUACCUCUUAAUACGGUUAUUGAUCACAUUAUUCAUAAAACUUAUCAUGAUAUUGUCGUUAUGGCUGACCUUCUUCCUGGUAAACCAGACAUGGAAAGAAAAAAUGAUAUCGCCCAUUUUGCGAAUCGUACUCGUCAGCUUGUCAUCCGACUUCUUGCAGUUGUGAAAUGGGCAAGUUCCGUCGGGAAAGUUUCAAAAUGUGAAGAAAUAACACAGUUAUUAGAUCAACAAGCUAUGUUGUUUAUUGACACUGCCGAUAAACUACACACGUUAGCCAAUCAACUCGUAGUACAGGCUAGAUUGCCUAAUUUUGCCAUACCAGCUGCAGUGGAUGUAUUAACAACUGGAACGUAUCCUCGACUUCCUAGAGCAAUUCGAGAUAAAAUUUUGCCUCCUGAUCCCAUCACACCAUUGGAGAAGGCAGCAACUCUGAAAAGACUGAACCAAAUUAUCAUGUAUCGACUUGUCACUACAAAAAUUCCACUACAAAUCAUGGAGUUGAUUGUUGACAAAGGAAUGGUCAAGCUUGUUGUACCAGGAGAAUUUCAGGCUAUGCUUACUCUCAUGGGUGAUGAAGAUGAAGUUCCAUGGAGAUUACUGAAAUUAGAAUUUAUGGUUGAAGACAGAGAAACGGGCAGUGGACGAACUUUGGUGCAUAAUUUGCAAGUUAAUUACAUUCACGAAUUGGUCCAGUCACGAUUGAUUGCAAAUGAAGAUCCUAUUCAGGAUUUGUACAACGUUCUUCAUUCGUUUUGUCUUUCUUUACAAUUGGAAGUUCUACAAGCACAAACAGUUAGACUAAUCCAGGAAAGAUGGGGAAGACUUGUCCAAAUUGAUGAAUAUCUUCCUGGUGUAAAGGUCGUGCUAUCAUACUGGAGGUUGACUCCUUAUAAAUCAACUAAACAGGAGUUGAUGACUGUAGCAGUUCAUCAGCGAAAAACAGAAGAUGGUGCAUGGAUUUUGGAUGUGACUCAUAAACCACCACUCAUCCUACAAAAUGUAAAUCUUGUGGAAAAAGCAUCAAAAAUCAGAGAUCUGUCAUUUGAAAGAUUACUCAGUGAUACGAUCAAAGUUCGCUCCUUUCAUAAACUCUACGAAUUGCAGCAAAUGUUGCAGAAACAUAUUAAAAAUGACUCAACAAAAAUUUCAAAAGAUCUGUCUAGUUUGAUUGUUCCUCUAAUAAAACCUUGUCAGAGCAACGAAAAUCUUUGCGUUUCUAUAGAUCCACAAACUGGCAUUUAUGUCCCAAUGCUAACAGGUUUGGAACAACAACUACUUGACGAGAUGGAGAAGGCUAUAAAUGAAUCUCCAAUGAAUCUGCUUUCAUGGAUACCCAGGUUUAGAAAUAAACUGGCAAGAAAAAGAUGCAAAUCAUCUGUACAAAAUUUACCAGCAUACUGUGUGGAUGAAUUAUCAUUUGCAAACAAUAGCACACAUCCCAUUGGUCAAUUAUCAAAAGAUAUUGUUUAUAUUAAACUAAAAAAUUUCAGCAAUUUUUACGUUGUUGUAGAGUUGAUCCCAAAUGAAGAAAUAACCACUGAAGUUCUUUAUCGAUACCAUCUCCUCACUGUAUCAGGUGGUACGUCUCGUCCAGGAGAUGUCGGUGAUAUGAAAGCGGACUCGCUUGUCCAACUUGAGACUUCACUUUGCUGUGACGAAUUUGCAGAUUUAAAAAUAUCAGAUGAAGAUGAAUCCGGCGACGUAGGAUCACAUUUCAAUUCUGAGUUGGCGCAAGUUGUUUCGGUCAGUAAUGCCAGGAUCCCUUUCAUAAGCUUGAUCCAUGAUCUUGCAAAAGAAGGCAUAUUACAUCAAGGGUUGAUGGAGGAUGGCAUAGGUAUUGGGUUGAGUGUGAAAAUAAUGUCUUUUCCUGAAAUUCCAACUAAUGUACUUCAGACUAUUUUAAGUAAAAAACUGGUUGCCAGCCUCCUUGAAUGCAGCUUCAAGCUCAUUGAUAAAUCACCCAAAAUGUCAGAACUAUCAGGUACUAAGAUUUGGAUUGCUGAACUCGUUUUCACUGAUCGGCCAUUGAAAACAGAAUCUCAACAUGGCUUUCUCACUCGGGUUAUGCUGAGUUUUGAUUUCUCUUCAAAUGACUCUCCUGUCAAGCUUUUCAAUGAUGAAUGGACUUCAAUUUUAAAGUUAUAUGAACCAGUGGCUCGUUUUUCAACAGCUUUAAAAGAUGAGGGUAGUGUUCUUCACCACAUUGUAACUGUUCAUUCUUAUAAUUAUCGCAGUUUAGUACUCAAAUACGGAAAAUCCAAGCAUCAACUUGUUACUAUCAAAUGGUCAAUCCAAAAUGACAAGUUUGUUUUGCUAUUUGGAAGGUGUAGUUCUACAGGAUCAAACAGUCAUACCAUUGCCUCUCACUAUUUGGUGAAUCAAUUCAAUUCUAAUCCAGACAUUGGAAAGUUGGUGCAAAUUUUACAUGACACAUCACAGCCAUUGCAAGCAAUAUGCUCUCUUUCUAGUAUCCCCUUAAUUGGAAUGGCAUCAAAUCAACCCGGUGGAAUGCAACAGAAUCCGAAGAGUGUAUCACAGAGCUUCUCAGUUAUUAUUCAGUCUCCAUCACACAUAAGACUGAUUUACCGAUCAACCUAUGCGUUAGAUAUCUACUCUCUGCCUGACAAAAAGGUCGCAAUUAGGGAUGGAUCGCUUUCUAUGUUUGAUUCCAGCAAAGUAAAAGAGGGAAUGUAUCCAAUUGUUGGUUUAAAAUCAUUUUUAUCUUUGUUUGAGAGUCCAGGAUCUCGUAAGCGGUCCGUGAAAGAAAAGGACGAUCCUCCUGCACCAGAUAUCCAAAGUUCGAGUGCAAAUUCUGGAGAAAUGCGUACAAUCACGCGAGGUGUGUGGGCAGGUAGUAAUCCUGUCAUUUUGGAUCAGGAUGUUUUCACAGGACUAUUAAGUUCACAAACAACUACAAGUUCCUAUACUACAAAUAUUCUAGAGCAGUUUCUUGGUCAUACGCUAAUACGAAGAGAGUUGGAACAUAUAAUACGAUCUACUCCACCAGAUUCACCAUAUUAUACACCUUCUCCGAGUCUUGUUCCAAAUCCAUCUGUGAAUGAACCUCUCUGCACAUUUUUUGCCGCGAAUUCUCUUAUGUUCCGUUGCACAAUGCAGUUUCCUGGAAACCGUCCGCACUUGAAUCUUGCUGUUCAGCAAGUUCCACCCUUAGUCAUGCAAGAACAUGGAAUUCCUCAUGAAAACUGGCAAAAUGAUGAUCUUCUUAUUUUAGAACGCUUUUUUAAAAUGAGGGUUGCUACUCAGCCAUUCCGUCCAAGUAACAUACAUGCAUUCUGCAGUAUUAUAUCAUCCAAGUCGCUUAUUCUGCGAGAUUUCAUCAAUGUGAUGCGUCUGGAACUGACACCACACCAAAAUGAUCCAACAGUGAAAUGGAUUCCACAAAUAUGCCUGACUGUGCCUCCUUGGUUGAGUUAUGCUCCAGCUGGACUUCCCGCUGUUUAUAUCAAGGACAAGAUACUGAUAUUUGUCUUGAUGACAAUGAAGAAUUUCAACCCUGCAAAUCCACCCAUGAACAGGCAAGCACAUGUGAUGCCUAUUGUUUGGUAUCUACAAACUAACAUUGCAACAUUGCCAGCUCAAAACAACCCACUCUUACAGCGAAUUGAAGCACAUCUGAGGCAAUACAUGGAAGAGAGAAGACAAACAAACACAGAGUGUCAUAUGUUCAGUGCCAUUAAAUACUUGAUGGACAACUUCUCACCGCCUUGAAUUAAUGAUUAUACUUAACUUUCCUACAAUCAUGCGAAUAUCAACCAAGAGGUUUUUGUCUUGUAUAAUAUUUUCCAUAUUUCAAUAAAAUUCAAACAAAAAAACAA